AUGGGCAAUGGUGAUGAAGCAUCAUCUUCUACAAUUAACUUAAUAGCAGAUUUGUGUUCACAAAUUCAUCAUAUCGCCAAAAUUUCUGCUUCAAAGUUGGAAACUGAUAAAGCUUUAAUGAGUCAAUUGGUAAAUUAUAAAGAAAAUCAGGAUACUUAUAACAUUCCAUAUGGUCCAAGUCUAAUUAUUCCAUAUGCAUCUUCAUUAAAAGAAGAAAAUAGUGAUAUAAAUGCUAAUGAGGGACUUCCAGAACCUUAUAUUUUAAUUAUUCAAAAUACAAUGGAUUUAUGA